UGCACGCUGUGCAAAGGCUGACAGCUUGAAACGCAUUUGCAUUAGGACCUUGCAGCCAACAUAUCGACCUGUAACAUGAGUUGGUGUUGGGGAUGUGCUAAUGAAAGAAUAUAUGUUCCACUGAACUGACACCGUUUCGAUUUCAAUAGCCUACCUGCGUUGUCCUGAGCGAGACCAAUCGGUAUUUUCAUGCGUCUAGAUUGGUCGGCAGGCGCGUUUAUUGAGUUAUGGGCGCAUUACAGUCGUUACCUGAUGAACCCGAAUACAGAGAUCUCUCAGAGAAGACGGGCUUUUCCUUCGAGCAAAUUGGAAUCCUUCACAAAAGAUUCAAGCAGUUGAGCCACAAUGAAGACACGCUGAGACGAGAUGACCUCAACACAAUUCCAGACCUGGCAUGCAAUCCGAUCCGAACCCAAAUUAUAGAGGCCUUCUUUGACAAAAGAAACUUCCAUCAGAAUGGUGAGGGGACAGUCCAGGAGAUCAGCUUUGAGGAGUUCCUGGUGGUCAUGUCCCACUUCAGACCUCCAGCACUGAACAUGACAGAGGAACAGAGAGAGAACAUCAGGAGGGAAAAACUCCGCUUCCUGUUUAACAUGCACGACACAGACAACGAUGGAACAAUCACUCUGGAGGAGUACCGACAUGUAGUGGAGGAGCUGCUGUCUCGGAGCGGAGCCCUGGGGAAGGAAACGGCUAAAGGUAUAGCAGACGCUGCCAUGCUGGAGGUAGCCAGUAUCUCCGUGGGUCACAUGGAACCAGAUGAGUUUUACGAGGGGAUCACUUUUGAACAUUUCCUAAAGAUACUGAAAGAUAUUGAGAUCGAGACAAGAAUGAACAUUCGCUUUUUGAAUAUGGACACGACGAACCUGUGCAAGUGAGGAUCUUCCACCUUUUUUAUUACUAUGCAGCACCAGCACUCUUUUAUGGUAUUUUAUUUAGUGGCCAUUUAGGGCACACUUUAAGCAGUGACGUGCGGUCGGUAUCUGGGUAAGCACUGGCUAUUAUCAAAGCCAGAUUUGCUCACAAAUAAACCUUAAUGAAGCCCAAGUUCACCAUACAACAGAUAGCGCCAACAACCAGAGUGACAUAGGCUAUUAACCGAAAUUGACAAAAAUGUUCACCAAAUGUGACUGACCGACCGGCUCAAUUCGGUCUUAUGUAUCAACAUUUGAAAUUGUGUUUUUUUACAUUGGAUAAAAGUAGAGAAAAUUGUAUAUCAUACACUACAGUUGAGGAACAAUGGGAAGGUAAUUCUGCUUAGAAAGUUGAUCAACUUAUUACCCCACUUUUGAGAAAACAGCCCUUGAAUGUUUUGGUAAACCUACUGGAGACCUCUUCUUUGUCUAC